CAGAGUUGUUGAAGGAGAGCUGGAAGCACCUGAUGCUCAUCUCUGGGACAAUCCGCUCCAUGUUUCUGCCCUCUUAGCCGCGGCGAGAAUAAAAAUCUACCUCCAGGCUCCAUCACUGUCGACAACUUUUUGCUGAUCUCCUCCAUUUUUUUUUCUUCUCACCCAAAGAAUAAUUGAUAAGGACACUUUGCACUAGAUUUUUUGUUUUUUUUUAAACAGUUCCCCUUUACUGUACUUCCUUUGUUUUUGCACUAACGAUGCACACCACGCAAAAGGACACGACCUACACGAAGAUCUUUGUCGGGGGUCUUCCGUACCACACCACGGACUCAAGUCUCAGGAAAUAUUUUGAGGUUUUUGGCGAGAUCGAAGAGGCUGUGGUGAUCACAGACAGACAGACCGGCAAGUCAAGGGGUUAUGGAUUUGUGACGAUGGUGGACCGCUCUGCCGCCGAUCGGGCCUGCAAGGACCCCAACCCGAUCAUCGAUGGCAGGAAGGCCAAUGUGAACCUGGCCUACCUGGGGGCUAAACCUCGUGUGAUGCAGCCAGGUUUUGCCUUUGGCGUUCCCCAAAUCCACCCUGCGUUCAUCCAGAGGCCUUAUGGCAUCCCGACCCAUUAUGUGUACCCCCAGGCCUUCGUUCAGCCCAGCGUGGUGAUCCCCCAUGUGCAGCCCGCAGCCACUGCACCCGCCACUGCCACCGCCACCUCUCCCUACAUCGACUACACCGGGGCCGCCUACGCGCAGUACUCCGCGGCGGCUAACGCGGCUGCGGCCGUAGCCUAUGAGCAGUAUCCCUACGCCGCCUCCCCAGCCGCACCGGGCUACAUGGCUACCACCGGCUACGGCUUUGCGGUCCAGCAGCCACUAGCCGCCGCCGCCGCCCCAGGGUCGGCUGCCGCUGCGGCCGUGGCCUUCGGGCAGUAUCAGGCUCAGCAGCUGCAGGCUGACCGCAUGCAAUAGCAGCGGCUGCAACUAUUGCACAGGCAAAGAGAGAGAGAGAUGGUCCACUGCUGGUCCCAGCUGAAGUAUCACAAAGAAGAUUUGUGGGCUGGGUCAGCGCCAAGGCUGAGGUUCUUUACAUGACAAUGGUGAGAUGGGAUAGGAACUUUCCAACUUGCUGUGCUUUAUCUGAACAAAAAAAGCUGAAAAUGAAAAAAAAGUUGCAGAACAAACUAUGGAAAUGAUCACUGUUGGUAUUACUAUGAAAACUAUUAUUAUUGCUAUUGUCACUGGUAGUUUCUAGAGUAGAGUGACAGGAGCCCAGUGGUUGGUAUAAUGGAGGCCUUUAAGUCCUAAUGCUGUCUCUAACUUUAGUUUGAGGAAUAGCCUCUUUUUUUUUCACUCGUCAUGUUUCAAAAGUGUUACUUGGUUAUUUAAAGCCCUCAUAACAUUACUAUUUUAUUUAUUAUUCUCGUUAAUAUCACACAUUGAGGGUCCUCUUUGUAUUUUUUUUUUCUGUUCUUUGAGUUAAUGUUUUCUGAUAAUCAGGGAAAUGAAACCGUUUUCCAAUGUGUUAGCGAUUAUUUUAUUUUAUUUUUUUACAUUUCCGUCUGGAAGUCGAGGUGUCGUAAAUUGUUGUGUCAAAAACACAUUUGAAGAACUACCUUAAAGAUCUUCCUGAUGCUGAAUGUCCCAUUUCCUUUCAUACUCAGCCUUAACCUCUUGACCUAUGCAAAGCAAACAAAUCAACAAAAGAAAAGAAACAAAACUGAAAAAUGUCAUGAGACUACAGAGAGAGAGAGAGAGAGAGAGAGACAGAGAGAGAGAGGGAGAGGGAGGGGGUUUCACAGAGACAACAGAAACACUGACAAAAGAGGGGUGACAAUGACAAACACUAAAUCUGUUGCUUUUCCACAUUUCACUCACAUUCAUGCAUCCAGAGGCUGCUGAGCGCUAUAGACAAAGGCGGCACAGUGGCGUUUCUCUCUGUGACGGAGAGGGCAGCUGCUGGGGGGCGA